AUGGAGACCAGCAUGAACAUGAUCCAGCGGAACUACAUGGUGAUGCACCCAGCGGGAGCCGGCCACGGCCACUCGACGACGGACCACAGCCGCUCCCUCAAGAGGGCCGCGCUGACCAACUCGAGCAUCACCUGCAACGACGGCACCCACGCCGGCUUCUACCUGCGCAAGCAGCCCAGCUCCAAGAAGUGGAUCGUCUUCCUCGAGGGUGGCUGGCACUGCUUCGAUGUGAGGUCGUGCCGCGCCCGGUGGCUGAGGCUGCGCCACCUCAUGACCUCCUCCCAGUGGCCGGAGACGAGGGAUGUUGGUGGCAUCCUGUCGCCCCAUGCCGAGGAGAAUCCCUACUGGCACAAUGCCAACCACGUGCUCAUUCCGUACUGCAGCAGCGACUCGUGGUCGGGCACCAGGACGGAGCCGGACACCAGCGACAGGGAGAACAGGUGGCGCUUCAUGGGUGCGCUGAUCCUGCGCCAGGUCAUUGCCGACCUCAUUCCCCUGGGCCUGGGCCGUGUACCGGGGGGAGAGCUGCUCUUGGUGGGCUCCUCCGCGGGCGGCCUGGGGGUGAUGCUGAAUCUGGACCGCAUUCGGGACUUUCUGGUCAAUGAGCGCCAGCUGCAGGUCACGGUGCGGGGAGUGAGCGAUUCGGGAUGGUUUCUCGACCGCGAGCCCUACACACCCUCGGCGGUGGCCUCCAGCGAGUCGGUGCGUCAGGGCUGGAAGCUGUGGCAAGGCCUCCUGCCUGAGGACUGCACCAAGGCGCAUCCCACGGAGCCCUGGCGCUGCUACUUCGGCUACCGCCUGUACCCCACCCUGAAGACUCCGCUCUUCGUCUUCCAGUGGCUCUUCGACGAGGCACAGAUGCAGUCGGACAACGUGGGGGCUCCGGUGACGCCCCAGCAGUGGAACUACAUCCACGAGAUGGGCGGCGCCCUGCGCUCCUCCCUGGACAACGUGAGUGCCGUCUUUGCUCCGAGCUGCAUCGGCCAUGCGGUGCUCUCGAAGCGGGAUUGGGUCAACAUCAAGAUCGACGACAUCUCCCUGCCCUCCGCCCUGCGCUGCUGGGAGCACUCGACGCGGCGCAAGCGCAACGAAAAGCUGAAGCGCUCCACGGAGGCCUCCACGGCCGUCGGCCAGAAUCUGCAUCCGCAUCCCAACAACCAAAGACACCAGCGACACCGCCAGCGCCAGCGCCAGCAGCGGCAGAAGCAGAAGCAGAACAACGUGGCGCUGGCGACGCAGCAGCAGCAGCCCCGGAAGCACAACCACCUGAGCAAGGAGCAGAGGGAGGAGCGCAAGCGGCUGCGCCAGGCGCAGCGGCAGAGGCGCAAGCAACGCCGCCGGCAGCAGCACAAGCAGCAGGCACAGGCCGCAGCCGCCGCCGCCGCCGCAAGCAGAGGAGCAGCAGAGGGCAAGAACAACAACAACAAGCCGAAGAGCAACGCCAGCGAUACGCACAAGCAGCGACGCCGCCAGCCACUGACGGCGGAACAGCGCCAGGAGCAACGCCAGCGACGCCGCAAGGCGCAGCAGCAGCAGAUGCAGAUGCAACACGAGCAGCCGGCCGCAGGGGAAGCCGGAAACGGAAAUGCGAACGGAAGCGGAAAUGGAAACGGAAACGGAAACGGAAACGGGGGAGAGGCACUAGGGGAGCCCCAGAAGCGGCGAUCCUCGAACAACGCCUCCUCCUCCGGCACCAAGUCGAAGAAGCGUCCAAGGGUGCCCCGGGUGCCCGAGAAGUGCGGCCUCCGCCUCCUGGAGCGCUGCUCCUGGCCGCAGUGCAACCACUCCUGCCCCACACUGACCAAUCCGCUGACCGGCGAGGAGAUGCGCUUCCUGGAGCUGCUCACCUCGUUCGGGCUGGACAUCGAGGCGGUGGCGGCGGCCCUGGGCGUCGACAUGCACACCCUCAACAACAUGGAGCGGACGGAGCUGGUCAAUCUGCUCACCCAGCAGGUGAGCUGAGCGAAGCGGAAAGUACGGAAACAUACCCGUGUGUGUCCCUGUAAAUAUUAGUAGGCCUGUACAUAUAUGUAGAUAUAGGUAGAGCCGCUUUGUACAUACCAUAUAUCAUACAAUACCAUAUGCAACGAGAACCAACAUCCAAAAACCAACCAUCCCCAAGCCACACUUAAGCGGAGCCAAACUCCAAUUCCUAGAACACACCAAGAAACCAAGAAAAAGACAUGCGCAAGUACCCAGUAAUUAAGCAGAGUAGAAUUUAUUUAUACGUAUAUAUAAUAUCCCCACUCGAACACUCGUAUUCGCAUUCACACUACUCGUACAUUCACA